AUGGUAACCAAACACUCUGAUUCUCACGCUGAGGAAGCAGGGCAACCGCUUGUUACUUGUUUUUCGACAGGAACAUCAAAUCAUACGGUGUUAUUAGCCACAGCGCUUAUCAGGGCUGAGUCGAAAGCAGGUGCUGAUGUUUAUCGACAAAUUAUUGAAGAAGGUUUAAAACGAAAUUCAGAAGGAUCUGUUAUAGCUCAAUGCUCCAAACUUGGAUGGAUACUUUCUGGGGUAGUAGACACAUCGGUCUCUUUCUCUUCGAACUUAGUUGUAUUGCAUACUCAGGUAGACGACAAAGAAGCGCUGAAAAGGUUUUGGGAGUUAGAAGCGGAGCCCACUAAUCAAAAGAAAAUAAUGUCAGAAGAAGAAAAGCAGUGUGAAGAAUUAUUUGCGGCAACUACUAAGCGAGAUGAAAAUGGUAGAUAUGUGGUGCGGCUGCCGUUCCGGGAGCAGUCUUCUGCUUACUCCUUUGGUGAAUUCGAAGAGAUAGCAGAGAGAAGGUUGAAUUCAUUACACGGAAAACUGAAGAAAGAUCCUGACCUGAAAGAAAGAUAUAAACAAGUAAUAAAUGAAUAUUUAGAAUUGGGACAUAUGGAAAAGGUUCCAGAAGCCGAAAAAGGAAAAAGGGAUACAAUCUACUUACCUCAUCACGCAGUUGUGAGGGAAGAUAAAGACACGACGAAGGUACGUGUGGUGUUUGACGCGUCCUGUAAAUGCAAAAAGGGAUAUUCCCUAAAUGAUAAGCUAAUGAUUGGACCAAAGCUACAGCCAGAACUUCGUCACUUAUUAAUGCGCUGGAGAAAACAUCCUAUAUGUAUGGCGGCGGAUAUCGUCAAGAUGUAUAGGCAGGUCAGAGUGGCAGAUGUUGAUAAAGACAACCAGAGAAUCCUGUGGAAAGAAGAACCAGAAAAUAACGCGGAAACAUAUCGCAUGUUAAGAGUGACUUUCGGUACUGCGUCGGCUCCAUAUUUAGCGGUGAAGGCACUCCAACAAGUGGCACACGAUGAAGGAAAGGAUUAUCCAGCAGCUUCUAGAAGAGUAAUAAGUGAUUUUUACAUGGAUGAUCUAUUAACGGGAUGUAGCAAUAUAGAAGAAGGUCUGACUAUUUACAGAGAAAUGAACGAAUUAUUGAGUAAAGCAGGUUUUGAAAUUCAAAAGUGGAUGACUAAUAAUGUUGAUCUACUAAAGGGAAUGAAGGAAAGUAAUAAAGACAAAGGAGGAGAAGGGUUACAGUUGAAAGAAGAUGAGGUUGUUAAGGUUUUGGGACUUACCUGGAAUCAGAGAACUGAUAACUUCCGCUACGCGGUCAAUGUAGCUCAGGAACCGGGACCUGUAACUAAAAGAAAAAUUAUAUCUCAUAUUGCUAAAUUAUAUGAUCCACUUGGAUGGGUAGCUCCGUGUGUAAUAACAGCAAAGAUCAUUAUUCAAAAACUCUGGUUAGCAGGAUUAAAUUGGGAUGAGGAGGUAUCCAACCAAAUUAUAACUGAAUGGGAUACUUACCUUACUGAACUGGUACAAUUAGCAAAAGUUGAAGUACCUCGAUGGCAUAAAACAAACACCGACAAUAAUCUUGUCGAACUGCAUGGCUUCUCCGAUGCAUCUAAGCUGGCAUAUGCGGCCGUCGUAUAUCUUCGUGUGGUGGAUACUGAGGGUAACACUCAUGUAAGUUUAGUCACAGCCAAAACAAAGGUUGCACCUAUUAAACAGGUGUCUAUUCCGCGUCUGGAACUCUGUGGUGCAGUACUGCUUACCAAACUGCUUGUUGAAGUAGCUACUGUAAUGGAAAUACCGAUUAAAAAUGUCAGAGCGUGGACCGAUUCGACUGUAGUCCUAGCAUGGCUCAACAGUCACCCGAGCAGGUGGAAAACGUUUGUCGCCAAUCGUGUCUCUGAGAUAUUGACCACUUUAGACUCAAAUCAGUGGUCGCAUGUACCCACGAGUCAGAACCCUGCGGAUGUUGGAUCACGAGGUGUUACCCCGGCUCAACUGUUGAAGUGUUCAGCUUGGUUCAAUGGUCCAGAUUUUUUAUAUAAAGAAGAAAUUAACUACAGCAAGCCAAAACAAUUAGAAACCAAUUUGGAAGAAACAAAGGUUCAUUUUACAGUAGCUGAAAAUUCGUUAUGGAAUAGAUAUUCGUCACUUACAAAAUUAAUUCGAGUUGUGGCUUACUGUAGACGUUUUUUAAGGUUUCGGAAAAAUAUGAAAUUCAGUGCAUACCUGACCACUGAAGAAUUAGAGGAAGCUUUGAAGUGUGCUAUUAGACAUUGCCAAUCGGAAGGUUUUAAAGACGAGUUAAGGAUUCUGAGAUCAGAAAAAGGUUUAGCACAGUUGAAAGGGCCUCUCAAAUCCUUGAAUCCGUUCUUGGAUAAUCAAAAUGUAUUGCGAGUUGGAGGGAGAUUAGAGAACUCAACCCUGAACCAAAACGCUAAACACCCAAUUCUUAUACCCAAGAAAUCCACAUUGACCACUCUUCUUUUAAAGGACGCACACUUAAAGACUCUCCACGCAUUGCGCGAGGUCGUCACAACAAUUGAUGGGUCAGCUGCCAGAGGCUCGAGCAAGUCCGUCGAGACCCUUCAAAUGUAG